AUGCAGCACAGUCGUUCUUAUCCUCUGGUCACUGGGCAUGUCCCAGUCACUCAUCCUGCACUACCUGCACCAGCAGCUACAUGCAACCCCUCCCUCCUCCCUUUGCGCCCCCCCCCCCUUCAGCUCAUCCACGUGUACCUAGCAUGCAGCACAGUCGUUCUCAUCCUCUGGUCACUGGGCGUGUCCCAGUCACUCAUCAUGCAUUGCCUGCACCAGCAGCUACUGAGAGCCAGAACCACCCUCCUCGAGCUGAAGAAACACGCCCUUGAUUCUAUGGAGGAGGUGGAAGAGGAGGAAGCAGCAGCAGGUGAGGAGUGUGAGCCUUGGGAUGAGCAGGAAUUGGAGACGUGGAUUCAGUUUUUGGAAAGGGUUUUGAGGGAGAAUAGACGGGAGCAUGAGGAGGGGUCUGAAAGAGUGGGAAGCACGGAUGGUGUUGGUGCAGGGAUGUCUAGUGGGGUGGCUCGGUCAGAGGAGGAAAAAGAUGGGGCUCUGAGGGGAGAUAGGGAAGGGUGGGCUGACACGGGAGGACAUUCGGAUGAUAUCGAGGCUGGCGUGGCUGAUGGUGGGAAUGAGGUUGAGAGGAUGAAGGGUGACGUGGAGAGGAUGAAGGGUGACGUGGAGAGGCUGAGGAAUGAGGUGGCAGGAAGGGCGAGAGUGGAGGAGGAGAGGGCGAGAGACAUCAGUGGCCUGAGAAGGGAGGUCGAGGGUCUGAAGAGUUGCAGUGGUGAUGCAAGUAAGUGCCUGGACGAGCUGAGGGCUGAGAUGAAGGCAGAAAUGGCUGUGCUGGUGGCGCAGAUUCUUGGAGAGGACUAUGCCAUUGGAAAGCUUACCAUCGACUACAGAAGUGUAAAGAUGGGGGCUCCAUAA